CGCGGGUCUCUCUCUGGGGACCCCCCGCCGUUUCUCUCGUUUCCUCCUGCCGUUUCAGGCCCAAUGGCGGCAGAGUCUUGCUUUCGACGCCUUAAGCUCUAGGUCUCCCGAAAAAAGUGUGUUUUGUCCUCGUUCAACGCCGUGAUCUCUCCUGUUCUCGUCCUCUCCAUCCUCACCCACCAACCGUUCGUCUAAAUUCCUAGCGCAUCUUAAGAACAUGGGCAAGAAAGGUGGUGCCAAAAAGCAACCAAUCACGCCAACUCUGUCUCAGAGUUCAGUAUCGUUGAGAGAAGAAAGAACCGGUAAAAUACAAAACAAAGGCGCCUCUCGUAAUCCCAAGUCUUUAUUGAAACUCGAGCACUUGCAAAAGCUCGCUGUAUGGGCAAGCGGAGAAGCUUCAAUUCCUUCUCUCGGUGCCUUUUUCGGCCGCCAAUUCGCCGUAGCUCGAGAGAUCUUGGGAGUUUCACCUGACCCUUCUAUAAUUCUGUGCCAGAGAUGUGAGACAAUUCUUCAGCCUGGUUUUAACUGCACAGUGCGAAUCGAAAGGACUCAAACAAAGGCAAGGCGUAGACAAAAGAAAUCUAAUACUCCUAUGCAGAAUAAUGUUGUUUACAAGUGCCAUUUCUGUUCACAUCAGAAUCUGAAGAGAGGAACUCCAAAAGGCCAUAUGAAAGAAAUAUGCCCACCUAAGCCAAAGCCAAAGCCAUCUGCCAAAUCAGAACCUUUCAAGUCCAUGGCUCAGAAGUCUGCCAGCUUGGAGAAAGUGACAAAAAGCAAGGAUGAAAUAGCUUUGCCUUCGCCAUCUGGGGAUCCUUCUGUUUUAAACAGCCCAGCAACUCCAUUAGUGAGAAGUGGAGCGACGUUAUUGGAUGCAAAGAGAAGAAAGAGAACUAGAUCAGGAUCUAAAUCAUCAGAGCAAUCUGAAAGCAAUAAUGCUGCUGAAGCUGGUGAAAGAACUUUUGGUGCAUCAAGUAAAAGAAAGAGAAAAUCUUGGACUAGCCUGAAGGAAAUUGCUGAGAGUAAUGAGCAUGAUAGCACUCGAAACAUUACUAAUUUGACAGUCCCAUUUUUUAUAUAGUAGGUCAAUCCUAAUCGCGUUUAAGAGGACUGAGAAGAUUCAAGGUCGAUCUCUGGUUAUUUGGCAUCAGCUGUUAGAGAGAGAGAGGGUUCGAGUUUGUCCUGUUUUGGGUUAAUGGUUGUCCUGUUUUGGGUUGAAGGAUAAGCUGAUAGGGCUGCUCACACUUUUGCAAAGGGAGCUUUGCUAAAUGUUUGUCCAUCUGUUUGGAAUGAGCCUCUAAGCUCUAUUUUUGAUAUUGUAAUUUCUGAGAUGAAUGCUUCAAGUAUUUUCACUUAACAUUAUAGGUUUUAGGCUAGUGUAUGUGAGCAGGUCCGUUGGUGAUGUAGAGCAUCUUUUUUGGGACAAGAAAAGGCUGUAGACUUAAUUUUUAAUUUUCCUAUAUUGAUUUAGGUUCAA